CUGAUGGGCUGGACUCCGGGCUCGUUUUCUCAUUUGCUGAUUACAUGGCCGGGGAAUGCUUCGGGGUCCGGCCAGGGCUUUAUUUCGCUUGAGCGCACUUUCUCAUCUGGGCAACAACAGCAAACAACACCCCUGCCAUGUAGUGGGACCAAAGCCCCUGUGGAGCCCAGUGAAGCGGAGGCGGGAGCAGCUGUCGGUCGAAAGCUGGAGAGGAGUUCCUUUGCCUGGCUAAGAGAGGCUCCGAAGGCCUUUGAAGGGGGAGAGGCGCCCUGCGGAGGAACAGUUGGCUGAGUAUUAGCGCCGGCCUCCCUCGGAAGGGAAGAAACCAGAUUUGGGAGGGAAAAGGGGGUGCUCUUUUACUGAGUCAACAAAAGGCAAGCCGCGCAGGCGCAGAAGGAGACUGGACUGGGUGGGAGGCGCGUUAUGCACGCGGGCGAGCGCGCGCCGGGCUCCCCCUCCGAGGGCGGGGAAGAAGGAAGGCUCUUCGGUCACGUGACCCCUAGGCGGCCUCUGAGGGAAAGAGCGUCCCAAAAUGGCAGCGGGAGCAACAACAGUAGCACGAGCAACUUCCGGUUCCGGACCUCCACUCCUCACUAUCCUCGCGGGCGACAGCGGCAGAAGCGGGAAGUGAGGUUCUCUGAGGAAGUGCUGGAGCUCUCGGCGGAAGGGCCUUUUGCCACACCGUUUGGGAAGCGGGCGAGGAUGAAGCCGAGGCAGGAGAGGGAAGAGGGCCUGCAGGAGGAGGGAGAGGAGCAGGAGGACGACGCGCCCGCCUACCGCUUGCGCUCUUCCCGCUUGCGGUAUCCCCCCUCGCCAUACAGGAGGGUGGAAGAGGAGGACGAGGCCCAGGAGGAGCAGCGGCUCCACGAGGAGGACCAAGAGGAGGAGGAAGGCGGCUCCUCCGAAGGCGAGGAAGGCUGUCACCAUGAGCCUUCUCUGACCAAAGUUCAAAGGAAACCAGUCAAAAAACCCUCAAAUGGCCAAACACAAACAGAAAGCCCAAACAUCUUUGGAAUUGCAGAUGACUCUAAGCUUGUUCGACCUGCUAUUAGGAGAAGCCCAAGGACAGGUCGCAAUGUGGUGCUUGGAGGCAGAGGUGCACUCAGAAGAAGGCGAGGAGGCAGGCCCAUCUCUCUCUCCCCACCCCCUUCUAUCUGGGCUCACGUUCUGCUGUGGGGAUUUUCUUAUGGCCAAGUCAAAGAUUCCACAGUUAACAAACCAGGGUCACUGCAUUCUGUUCAGAAGUCACCAGAUCAUUAUCAGAAGACAGAUUUGAGGGCCAAAAUACAACCUCCUAUACUGAAGAAGCUUCCGCAAAAGGUGCCCAAAAGUUCUACACAGUCUGAUGGGGUAUAUUCACUUUUUAUGAUCCUGAUACUUCUAGUAGCUUGCAUUGCUGCUGGUGGGUGGUAUGCAUUUCAAUAUACACCUCCUCAUACUCUGGAGAGUGAUAAAGCCCUGCAAGCAUUCCAGAACCAGAUGAAAGAACUCAUGAACAACUACCCAAGUCAAGAUAAACAGGUGUGGAAGAGAAUCCAGACCGCCUUUGAAAAACGUCUCAACUUUUCUCAACCUCAUUUGGAGCCAGCUAUCUUACUGCUUACUGCUGCAAAAGAGGCUGAAAAUUCUCUGAAAUGUUUAAGCAAUCAGAUUGCUGAUGCCUUCUCGUCAUCUCUGAGUGCUGCCACAAUAAGAAUUGAUGGGGCCAGAAAAGCCACUCUUGACAGUGAUACUGUCAAAUUCAGUGUCGAUGAAAUGUUGAGCUCUGGAUUCCAGGGAGGCAAGAAAGCAGCUGUUGUGCAUCGCUUUGAGUUGCUACCUGCAGGUUCCACCCUGAUCUUCUACAAGUACUGUGACCACGAACACGCAGCAUUUAAGGAUGUGGCUCUACUUUUAACUGUUCUCCUGGAAGAGGAGUCUCUACAAAAAAAUCUUCGCCUGUUGGAUGUAGAGACGAAAGUAAGGGAUUUCCUCCAGAUGAAGUUUACCAACUCUAAUAUGCCUGGUUCUUAUAACCACAUGGACAUAGACAAGUUGAGUGGUCUGUGGAGCCGCAUUUCCCACCUGGUCUUGCCUGUGUGGCCUGAAAAUAUUCUCCCUCAGGAGAAAUGCCUGCAGGUAGAAUGAUGUUUUAAAAAUUAGAGCAAAAGGGAAAUGUAAGUAAGCUUAUGCUUCUUUACAAGUUGGAUAAAGUGAAUUUCCAGCUUGUUGUUCAGAAUGACCUCCAUCUAUGUAGUUCAAAGCUCAAAAGAAACUGGAAUUUCUAUAAGGAACUUGUAGAACAUGAACAUAGCUGUUCACCCUUGUCGAUCUCUUGAAUAGGGCCAUCCAGCUAUUUGUGACAUUCCCUAUAAUCCUUUCAGGGAAUACUAUGAUUGGACAAAGUAAUGUGAUAACAUUGUUUUAUCUAUGUGAAGUUUAUCACAAAAAUAACUGCAGGCUGCAGAGUGUGAUCAAGACUUCAUAUAAGUAACAAUUCCAUUCUGUACUGUUUGGCAAGACCUGUGGAUUUUCAGAAUUCUACUGUAACUGCAGGUUUUCUUAUAAUGUUGGCUGUAGAUUGGUUUGUAUUCUAUCAAUCAUAUGUGUUGAUGGAACUAUACAGGUCAAAAUAUCAAUCAAUGGUAAUUCAGCUUUGCUGAGAUACCCUUGAAUACCGACAUCAGCAUAGGUGUUGCAUUCACCAGUAGUAGUAAGAAGACUGCUGAUGCAGUGGCUACACUUAUCGAAAGAAAGUUGCUUGGUUCAUCUGCUACAACUCAUUCCGACCAGCCAUCCCAGAAAAUGUUUAGCUGUGAAGACCUACAAGGAACCUGGGCUUUGAAGAAACGGGGUUUUCAAAACAUUCUCUUGACAAAGGCCUUCUUUUGCAGCAGCUGUGUAAGCUAGGUAAAAAUGAAGUACACGAGAACAGUUGGCUGUUAGAGCAACAACAUAGUGUAUCAGCAGGGUUCCAGUUCUUAUCUUACAUGAAUUCCUGUUUCUGAAAAUGAUCAGUAGAUACAUGAUAUGCACUGCUCAAAAUUAUUUGAAUUUUGAAAUUGCUGUACAAUUCUGCUCUAUUCCGUAAGGCUCUUCAGUCUUUUUUGGCCCAUUGUCAAACAGAUCAGUAUAAGCUCCCUUCAAAUGCAAUACUAGAAGGAGAAGAAAUCUAACUUUUUCCUGGGGCUCUAGCUACACUGUCCAUCCAGUAAAGGAAGUACUCCGGACACUAUGUACAUUUUCAAAAGACUAAUUUUAAAAAGCCGAAACACUGGAUUGGUGUUCUUUGCAAUAACUUUGUUUGAUCUAUCCUUAAAAUCACUCCAGAAAAAAAUGUGAAAAUUAAAUUUGAAAAAUAUUUUGAAUAAGUACAGAUGAAUAGUAUUUUUGUGAAGAGGAAUUUAUUUCAAAAAUAAAUUCAAGUGCCCGCUCCCGUUUUAAUUUGAUAAUUUAACAAGCACACAGUUUUCCAUGUAAAUCUUACUUUGACAGUUUGCGAAAUGUCUAAUGUGCAUUUAUAUGUCUCAAUCCGAACAACAUAUUAAAAUGUGGGCCAAAAUGUU